GGGAGAACAGUACUACCGAACAGGCUUAAGAAAAGUAAGGGGGCAAAAUAAUGUAAAAGAAUAUAACUGAAUGGAUGAAAACGAUUCCUGGAAGGCAAGGAACUUGUUUUAAUGUUAAGAUUCAUUUCUGUUUUCAUAAUUACAUAGUUCUGUUUUCAUAAUGUAGAAAUACCAUUUUACUUCAGGUGCAAACGUAAUUAAAAGUUGUAUCUUCCCCAGGUUCGAUAUCCUCUGGUUGGAUAUUUGGAGGUAAUCUACCAAUGGCUAAUGAAACUUCCGAUUCACAAGGAGAAAUUUCGCCAACACACCUGACUUUGCAAAGGAACUCAACCUUUCCCACAUCAGCUGAUGAUGUGAUUUCAAAGAUUGAAUUUCUCAAGUACUGGAAAAUGGUGCUUUUGAUUCUUUAUUCCACAAUAUUUGCGACGAGCGCGGUGGGCAACGGUCUCGUUUGCUUCAUUAUAUUAAGGAGAAGAGCCAUGAAGAGCGUCGUGAACUAUCUUAUUUUGAAUCUUGCAGUCGCGGACCUUGUGUUUACUUGUAUAUGCAUACCGUUUGAUAUCCCAGUACAAGAAAUGGACUAUUAUUGGCCCUACGGUGCGUUUUUGUGCAGAGUUAUAUACCCUUUGCAGACUCAAACUUUGUUUGCUUCUGUGUACACUCUCGUUGCAUUGAGCCUUUCGAGGUACUGGGCCGUCGUACAUCCGCUUAGACAACAACUGAAAGUCGAGAGAGUUAAGUGGGUGAUUCUUUGGAUCUGGGUUGCAUCUUUCAUUUCGGUGUGUCCCUAUAUUGCCACCCUCCAGCUGAAUUCUACGACGUUAAGUUGUGAAGAGAACUGGAAGAGUGAGAGGUCAAGGAAGGCCUACACGUUGUCACUGUUCUUUCUUCAGUAUGUGAUCCCACUGACAGUUAUUUCUUGCGCACAUCUCAGUAUUGCUUUAGACCUGAAACGAAAAACGACAACGCGGAGGAAAAGUGUUAUCCGCGAAGUUCACUACAAGGAAGCCAGAAAGGUCGCAAGGAUGUUGGCAACCGUAACAUUACUGUUUGCUGCUUGUGUCUUGCCUAAUAACAUCCUGUGGCUGUGGCUAGACUUCGGGGCAGCUGACAAAAACGUUUCUUACUUCUGGGAGCUCUUGUCGUUUGGUAACAUUGUAGUAUUUGCUAACAGUGCUCUGAAUCCCCUGUUUUACACGAUGAUGAACGACGCUUACAGAAAGGAAAUCAAGAAAGUCCUUUUAAGGUGUUUAAAAAUAGAGUAAAAUAAACAAGACAAGAAAUUUUCUCCUCCUUUGUCAAAUCAUUAACAUGUUGUGUCAUUAUUGUCAUCUGAUUUGAUUUUCUUUUUCUUUCUCAAUAUUUAUGUUACGCCAUUGAUUUUGUAUUCUUUAACUUCUCCUUAACCUUAAUUGGGAAGUGCGCUGGCCUCGUGGUUAGUGCGCUUCGGCUCUGGAUCGAGCAGUCUGGGUUCGAGUCCUG